GCAUCCGGAUGACGGUGCCACUAGCCGAGGCAGGCUUAGGGCAGAGAAGAGGCAGGAGUUCCUUAGCACUCCAUUUGGCUAUUACUCCUUUUAUUUCGAGAAGACAAAGGGGGCAAACUUGUGUUAAAAAUUGCCUUUUCAAUUUUGUCCCCUUAAAAUAUUUCUGGGCACAAAAGCUAAGCUUUUCGGAACUCAGCCCACUUUGACCCUAUUUGCUUUGCCUGCGAAUACUAAUAACAGUUGGGUCACCAUGGUGAUGUUCAAGAAGAUCAAGACCUUCGAAGUGGCCUUCAGCGAGCCUGACAAAGUCUACAGCAGCGGGGACAAGGUGGCUGGCCGUGUCGUGGUGGAGGUGGCCGAAGUCACCCGGGUCACCCGGGUCAAAGUUCUGGCUUGCGGGGUGGCCAAGGUCCUGUGGAUCAAAGGGCCCCAGCAGUGCAAGCAGGAGAUGGAAUACCUUCGCUAUGAAGAUGUCCUCACCCUGGACGACCAUCCAGCUGAUGCGGAUGGUUCUGUGAUUAUGAGACCAGGAAACACCUACGAAUACAAGUUUGGAUUUGAGCUACCUCAAGGGCCGCUUGGUACUACUUUCAAGGGCAAAUAUGGCUGCGUUGACUAUUGGGUAAAGGCUUUCUUGGAUCGUCCAUCCUUUCCGACUCAAGAUAUAAAGAAGCGCUUUGAGGUCAUGGAUCAAAUUGACGUCAACACUCCAGACCUGAUGUCACCUGUAGCUGCCAAGAAGGAAAAGAAAGUGUCCUGUAUGUUUAUCCCUGAUGGGCAUGUGUCUGUUAGUGCCAGGAUUGACCGCAAAGGAUUCUGCGAAGGUGAUGACAUAUGUAUCAAUGCCGACUUUGAGAACACCUGUUCCCGGAUUGUGAUGCCCAAGGCAGCCAUUGUUGCUAAGCACACCUACCUGGCCAAUGGGCAGACCAAGGUCUUCUCCCAGAAGCUCUCAUGUGUCCGAGGCAACCACAUUGUCUCCGGCAUGUCUGAAUCAUGGCGUGGCAAGACCCUCCGGGUCAAGAAGAUCAAGCCUUCCAUUUUGGGCUGCAACAUCCUGCGUGUGGAGUACUUCUUGCAGAUCUAUGUCAGUGUCCCAGGCUCCAAGAAGAUCAUCCUGGAGUUGCCACUUGUCAUUGGCAGCAAGUCUUCCGGCAUUGGCAGCCGCAGCUCUAGCAUGGCCAGCCAGACCAGUUCCGAAAUGAGCUGGGUAGACCUCAACAUCCCGGAUGCCCCAGAAGCACCUCCAUGCUACCUGGACAUUGUCCCUGAAGACCACCGUCUGGAGAGUCCCACCACCCCUCUUUUAGAUGAGCUUGACAACUCAUUUGACAGCCCCAUCUUCAUGUAUGCUCCAGAGUUCAAGUUCAUGCCACCGCCUACCUACACAGAGGUGGAUCCUUGCACUCUCAACAACAAUGUCCAGUGAGCACCAAUCAAAGGACAUAUUUACGCAGUUGUCCAGCUUUUUCUGGACUUUGAACAAUUGCACUCACAGAGAUUAUGCACCAGGCAGAAAUUCCCUGAUGAAAAGGGAAGGAAAACCUCAUGGUGUCAGCGCAUCUCGUGGAAGACUGUUGGCAAGGAGCUGAAUUGAAUGGCUACCUUUAUGCCUUUGUGUACUUGCCACAGGCCAAGAGAAGCUAUGUGGGUCAGUGGUGGACCCAGGCCUCGGCUCUCCCCUAUAGCCAGGUGCUGAAGUGAAACUUUCAAGAUGGGACUGUAGGGGUAGAGCAGGAAUUUCUGAAUGAGGGGAGGUGAAAGGCCAACAACAGAUCAACAGUUUGGAAGAAAUACUACUGAAUGACAACCAACGACCAUUUGUAUCUGUGAUCAAAAAUUGUUUUGAAUGUGGUGAUUUAGAUACAUGAGGUUGUAUGUCUGAAGAUUUUUCAAUAGGACAAGCAAGCUUUUGGUAGUUUGUUUCUUACAAGUUUUUUUGAGUAAAAGUGAUUUUCUCAGGUUUUAAAACCUAACAUAAUGAUCUUUGGGACAUUUGGAAAAAUGUGAAGGGAGAGUUAGUUGCUAGAUGGACAGUGGUAGGUUGGUAGGUGUUUUCUGCUGGAUGGGAUUGGGGUUUUCUCUCAAUAGCAUUAAGUGAAGGAAUGAGGUGAGAAUAAAAAAGUAUAGCAGGUGGUGUUGUGUUAGGUUGUAAUAAACACUCCAUCCAAAGGGGCAAAAAAAAAAAA